GGGGAGGAGAGCGGGAGGUGGCGUGCAUAAACGCUCCGCGAGCAGCAUCUCGACGAAUUCGGUAAGUAGCUCGGUGUUUACCAGCACACCGCCAAUGCGAUCAACCUCCCGUUUCGGACCUGGGAUGCAGCAGCAGCAGCAGCAGGGUACGCAGAGCCCUGAUGUAUCACCGACGGGUUCGCGUGCUAUCCCACUAUCGAGUUCGUACGACGGGUACAACAGUGAGCGCUCGAAUGAUACGAAUGGCAUGCCACCCCCCUCUAUCGCCAUCUCAUCUGCAACCCCACCCCGCCGCAACCACGAUCGCGGUUCACCCUCCCCAGCCCCGAGCGUUUGGUCCCUCCGUUCUGGAUAUGGUGGAGACCAUAACGAGGCUGAUGGAUACGGGAGUGGUCCAGAUGGGGGCGAGGGGAGGGAUGAGCGGAGUGCGAGCGAGCCUCUGCCGGGGUUUGGGCUUGCGAGUCGUGAUAAGAGGAUGAGUUUGAGGAGUACCAUUUUGAAUCGGGAUCCGGGGGCUGGACAUUGAGCGAGCGAGCUUGCAAGACGUUCUUUGGCUGAGGAAGAAGAUGGAUGAUGGGGUAUGACAUACACGGAUUUUCUUGGGAAAGCGGGUUUUGGAGUACUGUACCCUUUACAUUUUGUGGAAUACCAUUAGCUCGCGAAGGGGACAGUAUAGGAUUUUUGAGAUAUCGAUUUCGUCUCCGUGGAA